CCUGAUUAACUCUGGGAAAACCAUGGAGCUAGUGGUGGAUUUCCCACCACACGCCGGUGAACAUCCAGGGAACUGACAGGUGUUUUAUGUUUUUCUUUUACUGAUAAAAACACAUCACAAACCAUUAUCACAAUGCACUGAGGCAUUAUGUUUUUUUCAUAAUUUUGAGCUACUUGGGAUGAUUGGUUCAUUGGGGAGAGGGAUUGCAAGAGCUAAAAAAGAUGAAGAGAGAACGGUGAUGACUGUGUCCAGACAUUGCAUGGGCAAGGAAAACUUUCCUAAAAGUGCUUGCUGUCGAGUUUUAUCCAGUUAGGGCCUAUGUUGCUUGCUCCAUGGGAUUGCUGAGGAGUUCUGGCUCGAUCUUCAUGACGAAGGAGUGAGUUGGAGUGGGCUUUCAAGGCCUGAGUUGGAGGAGCUAGGCUAGGCUAAAGCUAGCGCCGCCCCGGUCUGGGUGGACUGCCUUGUUAAGAGCCGAAGGAGGGAAGAGCCAGCCACACACCUGCAUCAUAGGGAGAGAGUCCGGGGAGUGAGGACAGUGUUUUAUGCAUUUCACCCAUUCGGGAGGAAGAGGAAAUACUUCAGACUGGCCUCCCAGCCCUCAGUCCAGAUUUAGACCUCAGUCUGUCCAAGGCGCUUGGAUCCAGCUGUCCAAAGGACAGAAUUCCCUCAUGAAACUCCUUGUUCUGCACGUCCUGUUCCUCCUCCUGACCCUUCUUACCAUGCCUUUACUUCUUUGUCUUCAUCACCUCUUCAUCUGAGAUGGUUGCCAAGCCUCGAUUGCCUUUCUGCACAGACGGUUGUGUCCUUUUAUACCCACAACUUCACCGGUUGGUUCUACAGAGGUAGAUCUCUCUCUUGGCCAUGGAGCCCUUUGCAGAGUUUCCCCUUUUUGAGAUGGAUGAGUAUGAGGAAGACGAUGUCCUCUCCAUAAAGAGCAAAGGUGCCUGUACAUAUGUUACAUACCCCAUGGCGCCUUCUGCAGGAACAGAUCCUGACACCUGCAUUUACAUGAACUUCAUGAAGAGUCACAGUUGUUAUGAUGCCAUGCCCAGAAGCUCCAAACUGGUCAUCUUCAACACAACGUUACAGGUGAAGAAGGCUUUCGUUGCUCUGGUGGCAAACGGUGUGAGGGCAGCACCACUGUGGGACAGCAAGCUGCAGUGUUUUGUAGGUAUGCUAACUAUUACGGACUUCAUUAACAUCCUCCAUCGUUACUACAAGUCUCCUCUGGUCCAGAUCUACGAACUGGAAGAACAUAAGAUAGAGACAUGGAGAGAAAUCUAUCUUCAGUAUUCAGUGAACAGGCUCAUCAGCAUCAAACCUGACUCCAGUUUGUUUGAUGCCAUCUACUCCCUGUUAAAGAAUAAGAUCCAUCGGCUGCCAGUUAUUGACCCAGCUUCUGGAAAUGUCCUCCACAUCCUGACUCACAAGCGCAUCCUCAAGUUCCUUCACAUCUUUUUAAGGGGAUCCAUGAUUCCUAAACCCAGAUUUCUUCAAAAGCAGAUCAGUGAGGUGCCAAUUGGUACAUUUAGGCAGAUUGCAACAGUCCAGGAAUCUGCAUCUGUCUAUGAAGCUCUGGCUACUUUUGUGGAGAGAAGAUUAUCAGCCCUGCCUGUGAUUAAUGAGCAAGGUAAAGUGGUGGCUCUGUACUCCAGAUUCGAUGUUAUUAACCUUGCUGCCCAAAAACGUUACAAUAAUUUAAACAUGACAAUGAAGGAGGCCAUUGCAUCAAGAUCCUGCUUUGUGGAAGGAGUUCUUAAGUGUUAUCCACACGAAACACUGGAGACCAUCAUUGACCGUAUAGCAAAGGCUGAGGUUCAUCGACUAGUUUUGGUGGACAGAGAGGAUGUGGUGAGAGGGAUUGUCUCUCUGUCUGAUAUUCUACAAACCCUGGUUCUCACUCCUGCAGUGUCAUCAUAUCCUUCUCCAAAAGGGCCAGCAUUUCCCAGUCAGAUAUUUACAAGUGGCCAACCUUCCAAGUGUGAAGAAAACAAGAUGGUGGCUGAUGAUGUAAAACAGGGCAAACUAAAGGCCAGUUAAGCAGUUUCACAACAGCAAAGGAGCACGAUGUGUAAAGUGAAGACUGAUGAAUUCAGCCUUCACAUGAGGUUGAAUGUCCAUUUGAUGUCUCAGGUAGACCUUCAUGAUAGGUAACAGAAGAAGAUCAGAAACUGAAGAUACACAUGAAAACACCAUUAAACUGACUUUGAUUUGAGAUCGGUUUGCUGCCAAGUGGUGGAUACAGCAGGUUGAAAGAAAAUAAUUCCCUAAUUGAAAAAGCAAAUGUUGGAAGUGUGAUGAUGUUCACUGAAAUGUGCCUACAGUCUGUGAAAAAUAAAUGUGUUGCUUUGUUUUGGUUA